ACAAUGCGACUGACAUAGUACGUGUUGUGGUGGGGUUGGAUAUCGCCGGCGUUUAUAUACAGCACAACUGAUACAGCAUCAUUCAUUUUUACUUUGCAACAGCGGUAGUGAUGCGACCCAUCGACAAACAUGACUGAGCAUCCAGCCCAAGAAAGAUGAGUCUGAGGACAAAGAAAAAAUCUCGAACGUCCUUUGGGGCAACAGCACCACCCUUCAUUGACUACCUGAAAGAUAUUCUACGUCGAUAUCCAGAUGGUGGGCAAAUUUUGAAGGAGCUGAUUCAAAAUGCAGAUGAUGCUCAAGCCACAGAAGUGGUUUUCAUCCAUGAUGAGAGAACCUAUGGGACCAAAAACCUUUGGACUGAUGAACUGGGAAAAUACCAAGGUCAUGCCCUCUAUGCCUACAACAAUGCUGCAUUCACUGAUGAUGACUGGGAGGGAAUUCAGAUGGCAGGGAGGAGUGUCAAGCGCAAUGAUCCAAACAAAGUUGGGAGGUUUGGAAUCGGCUUCAACUCUGUUUACCACACAACAGAUGUGCCAAGUAUAUUCAGUUCAGGCCACCUUGGCUUGAUGGACCCCCAAGAAAAAAUUUUUGGAGAAAGAAAUGGAGGUUUUCUGUGGUCUUUGGAUGAUGCAGAACACCAAGAAGCUCUGAUGACCAUGCAUGAUCAGUUCCAGCCUUUUCGAGAUAUAGUUUCACUUGUUAGCGGACAAGAGUGGUCAAAAGUUGUCAUGGAGGAUCAGCACUUUGAUGGGACAAUUUUCAGAUUCCCUUUGCGCAACGAGUCAUCAGAAAUUUCAGAUAAUCUAUAUGACUCUGAUAAGGUGGUUGAGCUUUUUGAAAGCUUCAUUGCAGAUGCAGACUUAAGCCUCCUGUUCCUCAAAAAUGUGAUCUCUGUGUCAUUGAUACACAUUAAUGCACAUGGCACAGUUAACACCAGACUUGAGGUGAAAUCCUCAAUCCCCAGAGAUGUCAUUUUGGAGUCUGAGGACAAGUCAGUCAUUGAGGGUUCAACAAGGUUCAAACUGAUAACCCUGAACUCAGAUGUCCACAAAAAAACAAAGUGGCUUCUGACAACAUGUACCAUGAAAGAAGGCAAUGUAGAAAAUCUUGACUCACUUGCAAAAAAGUUAAGCUUUUACCCUCAAGUUGACUUGGCAUUCCCUUGUGGUGAGAAGAAAGACUGCAGUGAGAGUAGACUGAGCUGCUUUCUCCCCCUCCCAAACAAUGAAUCCAACAAGACAGGACUCCCUGUUUACGUCAACGCAUGCUUUGGUCUGACAGAUAACAGACGACACAUCAAGUGGCAAGAGGAAGACCAGAAACAUGAUGAGCAUGCUGUGUGGAAUGAACUGCUGAUAAAGGAGGUGCUCCCACAGGCAUACCUCAUGAUCAUUCAAGAUGCCAUCAAACUUGCCCAACAAUCUAUUCUCCCCGUCCCUUCCGUGUAUGAUCUGUGGCCAGAUAUCUCCCAGGUACAGCACAAAGACAAAUGGCAUGUUGUUGCCCUGGAUGUUCUUCAUCUCUUAUUCAGACAGAAUGUGGCUAUCCUUUCUCUUGCCAAAGAUGAAAGAAAGUUCAUCACUCCAUCAGAGGCUGUGUUCCCCUGUAAUAGUCCAACAAGCCCUAACAUAUUGGCUGCCAUUAAAAGGACUUUGGUUUCCUGUGGAGAAAAUCUUGUCAUGUUACCAGGUAGUGUUGCAAGAGCUAUAGAAGAGGUCUGUCCAUACUUCAACACCCUUAAACAUGUGACUCCAACUUUCUUAAGGGACAUUCUCCGUAGGACUGGCGUGCAUAACAUCUCUAAAGAGGACAGACUCUGUAUUUUAGAGUACAUUUUGAGUGAUGGAAAGUACAGAGAACUUGAGGGUCUUCAACUGCUUCCACUCAACAAUGGCGCUUUCAGAGCUUUCACAAACAGAGAGGAGGACACUGCCUUAAUUGACAGCAGUGAAUUUCCAAGAACCUUGCUGCCAUGCUGCAAACACCUCUUCAUCCCAGAUGAUCUCAGUCCAGCCUGCAAAACCCACCUGAAAGAACUGGCCAGAAAAAGUUUAUUCAACGUCUUCAACAUUGAUGCAGACCAUGUGGCUGAAUAUACCAGGAGGUAUUUGCCACAGGACUGGAAGCAGACGAGGCCAGGGCUUGUUACCUGGGACAUCAGCAGCAAUCAGCAUCCACCUUUAGACUGGCUCCAAGAAUUCUGGAAAUUUCUCAGCACUCACUUCAAAGAGUUAAGUCGUUUCACUGGAAUACCAUUAAUACCAGUCAGUCCUCUGUCUGUCAGUCAGGCUGUAUCACUAGCACAGCUACAACGAAACACAACCCUUAUUUUUCAGGAAAGCAAACAGGUUAGCUUGCCAGAUCAUAUAGCUCAGUUGGUGAACAAAGCUGGUGGCACAGUGGUGAGAGGGAACAAGUGGCUCCAGCAUGUAGACUUAGACUCUUAUGUGCUGUGCCCAUCUCCAAGGAGCAUUGUUAAAGUGUUAGUAAAUUUAGAUUCUCAACAUCUCAUCAGAGAACUCAAGAUGGCCUCUCACAGAGAACGAGAAGAACUGAAAGAUUAUCUCUCUCAUCUGGAUUCUCUCUCAAAGUGUGAGAAAGAUUUACUCUCAAAGUUACCUCUGUUUCAAACCAUGAAAGGAUCAUGGGUUGCCGCUCAAUCAAAACGGGCUGUGCUUCUAACUUCUGGCCAGACAGUACCAACAGAGCUCCCUAUGCCUGAUUCAGUUGUGCAAUGUGCUACUGAGGCUGACCACAGACUGUUACAGCUGCUCAAAAUUAAUCUCUUGACUACAGCUGAAGCAGCCAAUCUCCUCAUUGACUGCAUUGAAAAAGGGUCUUGCAGUAAAGAGGACACUGAGAAAAUCAUGACUUGGAUUUUACAGCAUGGUAAUAUCCUUUUCCCUCAGAAUCAGACCUUAAAAUGCAGAUGUAAGGACUUGUGCUUUAUUCAAGUGAAUGGAGAGCUGAAAAAGGCUUCAAGCUUUUUUGAUCCACGGAUUCAAACUUUUAAAGUCAUUUUUGAGUCAGACUUCUUCCCCCCAACUCUGUACUCUCACACAUCACAGAUGCUUGAAAGCCUCACAGAUCUUGGAUUACUAAAUAAAGAAGUAGAUCUGUUGCCAGAGCAUUUGUUACAUGCUGCCAAACUGAUUGACAAACUGCAUGUUGACUCUCAAACUGAGGCUUUCAGAAGAGCUCAGGUGCUCUUGAAAAUGUUGGAUGCUAAUAAUCUGCUGUCAAAGUUUUCUGAUGAGCAGUUUCAGAGCCUGAAAAUGCUCAAAUGGGUCCCAUGUGAUAAACCUGAUAAUAACAAAUCUCAGGAAAGUUAUUUCUUCUGCCCUGAUGAAAUAAGACAUUCUGUGUUCAAGGACAUUGUUGGGCAUGUAAUGCCUCUGGUAGGAGAGCUCAGUGACAGAGUUAGCAACCAACUUGGCCUCAAACGCCAACCUCCACCUGAAAAAGUGAUCGAGAAUUUGUCAGUCUUGACAUCAAAAGCACAGAAAAUGGCUGAUCCUAACACAGAUAUGGAUUUCAAAAGGGAGCUACAUAGCAUUUACAGACACAUGCAAGACCACAUCUCUGACUUUGAAACAGUGAUAAACAGAGAAACACGCUGGCUGUGGUGCCACAACCAGUUUGUUGCACCAAAAGAUCUGGUCCUUCACUACCCACAUUACCUAGACCUGAGCUCUUAUGUGGGGAAGGUGCCAAAUGAAUUUCUUCCGUACAAGAAGUUGCUCCAGCAUUUUGGCCUGAGGACAUCGCUUUUAGAUGAAGAAACUGUUGACAUUCUUCAUUCUAUCCAGCAAAACAUUGAAGUAAGGCAACAGCCAUUUGCAAAUUCCUCUGAGGUAAAAGUGUCAAUAGAAAUUCUUAACUGGCUGUGGAGAGAGAAAAAGACAGGUCAGGAUGACAUUCCAGUGCCAGUCAUUGUAGGAGAUGAACAAUAUACGCUGAAACCACGGUCAGCUGCAGUCUUCUGUGAUGUAAGUAAAAUUGGGUUGAAAGAGCUUGAGUGUAGUCAGGAAGGAAUUUACAUCCUACACGAGGAAAUCCCAAAAGCAACUGCUGAAUGGUUGAACAUUCGAUUUCUCAGGAACUACAUCCUCCAGCCAGAGUUAGUGGGAAUAACACAGUGUGGGCAAUCUGAGCCAAUAACAACAAGGAUUAAAAACAUUCUUAAAGAAUAUGAUGAAGAAAGUGACAUCUUCAAAGAGCUCAUUCAAAAUGCAGAAGAUGCUGGGGCAGAGGCCUGUAAAUUCUUGGUGGAUUUCAGAGUACAUCGAUAUGCCCCUGAAAGCCUCAUUGACCCUGACAUGGGCCUUUGUCAAGGACCUUGUCUUUGGGCUUUUAAUAAUGAACAGUUCACAGAUGAAGAUUGGGCAAAUAUUGUCAGAGUUGGCUCUGCCUCAAAAGAAAACAAGUUGGAAAAAAUUGGAAAGUUUGGACUUGGAUUCAAUACUGUGUAUCAUGUGACAGAUGUUCCCUCCAUCCUUAGUAGCAACACUCUUCUCAUACUUGAUCCAAAUGUAACUCACCUUAAAACACACAUCAGACACAAAACAAAUCCUGGAAUCAAGCUUGAUCUUUCUCAGCAGCACCUUUUUAAUUGUUUUCCUGGUCAGUUUGGACCGUAUGAACACAUUUUUGAUUGUAAUUUCACCAAACAAAGUCCUCCUGAAUCCUAUCCGGGCACUCUGAUCAAACUACCUUUUCGAACUGAAGAAGAAGCUCUCAAGUCAGAAAUAAGCACAAAGGUGUAUCACAAACACAAUAUCAUCACUUUUCAACAGCAGUUCACUAUGAAUUCACAGACCCACCUGCUUUUUCUGAAGAACAUCAAUGCAUUAUCUCUACAAAGUAUCUCAAACAAUGUAUCAACUCCUCCAAGAGAUGACGAAAUAGAAACCAUCCUCACUGUCUCCAAAACCACUGUGAGUACAAUGAGGAUUCCUGAUGAAACGUUUGAGUUGAAGCAGCAUCACGCUGAGAAGUCGCUAAUGAAACUUGAUAGAAAAUGCAAAGAAGUAAUUGACUGCAGCACUGUCAGUAUUGUCCAAAUCACUACUCAGCAGUCUGGUGUAACUGAAGUCCAGUCCUGGCUCCUGUACAACUGUUUUGGGACACAUCAGUCAUUGAAAAUGGCCCUUCAAGAAAACAAGCAAGUUAAGUUCUCUUUGCCCAUCGGGGGGAUUGCUGUGCCUUUGCAAAAUGAUCCAGAAACUGGGAAACUGACCCCAUUACAAACAGAUCUGGUUGGACAGGCAUUUUGUUUCCUUCCUCUUUCCAUUCACACAGGUCUGCCAGUCAAUGUAAACGGAACAUUUGCUGUGACAAGCAACCGAAAAGGCCUGUGGGAGAGUGGAGUGAAACAUGACUGGAACAAAGCUCUUCUUCAGGAUCCUAUAGUGACAGCAUAUGUUACUACACUCUUGGCACUAAAGAAAAUAUCUGACAACAAGCAGCUAGAAACCUACUGUUAUCACACCUUUUGGCCUGACAGAGAAAAAGUGACUGAAACUUUCAAGCCUUUAGUGGAUGUGUUUUACUCCACCCUUGCCCAGCAUCUGGGCCCAGAGCUCUUCAGUGAUGGAGAACAUUGGUGCUCAAUGAACAGUGCCAUAUUUCUAGAUGAGAGCAUUGAAGAGGAUCAAGACAUCAGUGCACUUGCAGUGCAGGUGUGCAAGAAAUAUAUAAAACCACCCAACCAUGUUGUUCCUCUUCCACCGUGGCUGAGGAAUAGCUUCAAAAAGGCAGGCCUAAAAAAGGUUUUACAGGACAGAACAUGGAACUGGGAUAAGUUUUACCAAGAAAUAGUCUUUGACAAUCUUGGCACCAUGGACCCUGUGAGUAGAGAUACUCUUGUGCUGCAUGCUAUUGACCUUAAAAUCAAAGAAAUUGACAGUCUGCUGGUGUGCCAUCCAUGCAUCCCCACGACAGGUGGACAGCUCCAGUAUAUCAAGAAACUUGUGAAUCCAUCAGGGAAAGCAGCCUGUCUUUUUGAACCAGACGAAGGGCGCUUGCUUUGUGGAACCAAAAAUGACUUUUGCUCCCCCAAAAGGAUUCAGCGCUUGAUGGAACUUGGAAUGGCAAGUGAUCAUCUCCCUUUGGAAGACAUCACAGAGAAAGCAGGCACAAUCACCAAAACCUGGAGCACUGACAGAAAGAAAGCGUAUGAGCAGUUGAACUGCCUUCUUGAACUUAUGAAAUAUCACAUGUGUGAUGAAGAUUCUCUCCACUGGGAAACACUGAGGAUGACUGAAUUUCUUCCAGCAUUUUCACCAGGCGACACAAAAAUGGAAAGAGCUGUAACACUUCGAAGACCUACUGAUGUUUCUAGUGACAAAUGCUCCCUGCUCGUUAACAUGACACAACCUGUGCUGGAUCAUACCAAUCUGAAAAUACACAACACUGAUCCAGUCCUACAAAUUUUGGGAGUUCAUGACAGUCCAAGGCCUGAGACAGUGCUUCAGCAGCUGCAAGAAGCAUGUAAGCAAUCUCAGUCCACUGACAGAUCCAUGCUUCACAAAAUAGCAUAUGAAUGCUAUAGGUUUCUAGACCAGUGGCUCAGAAAUUUUGGGAAUUCCACUUUCAUUUCCAAGUGGGCAAAUUCAUUCCCAUUCGUCCUUGUUGGCAGUACAUUUGUAAAUGUGAACUGUGUAGCUGAAAAUGAACAGUUUGAAGCAAAACCCUACCUCCAUUUGCUUCCAUCUGCCUUCACAAGUUUCAGAAAGCUCUGGGAAAGUGUAGGUGUAGAAAAAAGUUUUACCAUCAGCCAGUUUCUAACUGUGCUCCAGGACUUGCACUGUCGACAUGGAAACAAGCCCCUGCCAAAGAGAGAUCUUUUGAUGUGCCUCACAAUUUUAAACAAAGGGAUAUUUGAGGCCAAAGAGAAAACAACAGGUGACUGUCUGAUGCCCAAUGUACAUGGUGUUUUACAACCUGCAAGUGAGCUGUUUUACAAUGACAGUCCAUGGAUGCCAGUGGCUCCAGGGAUCACAUUAUGUCAUGAAAAUAUCCCACGUGUUAUGGCUCGCCACUUUGGAAUCAAAACAACCAGGCACCAUACGCUACAAAACCACAUAAUUGAGAACAUUUCACCAUUUGCUUUUCAGUUUGAACAGCAGGAGAAACUAACGGUUCGAAUCCAAAACAUCAUCUCAGCAUAUCCAUCAAAGAAGGAUAUCCUUAAAGAGUUAAUCCAAAAUGCUGAUGAUGCAGAGGCAACAGAAAUUCACUUUGUUUGGGACAAACGACAGCAUGGCAAAGAAAAAACAUUUGGGAAGAAAUGGAACCAGCUGCAGGGUCCAGCACUGUGUGUGUUCAACAACAAAGUGUUUUCUGAUGCUGACCUGGCUGGCAUUCAACAGUUGGGAGAAGGAGGAAAGCGUAACAUCCCAGGGAAGACAGGAAAAUACGGAAUUGGAUUCAACUCUGUUUACCAUGUCACUGACUGCCCCUCAAUUCUCACUGGAGAUAAAUUACUGUGCAUUUCUGAUCCCAAUCAAAAAUACAUAGAAAGUCCUUCAGACAAAUCACCAACUGGCAUUGGCUAUAAACUAGCUGAGACUUUCAAGAACAUGUACAUGGAUGUCUACAAAUCCUUUCUUCCAGACAGAUUUCCUCUUAAGGACGGCACCAUGUUCAGAUUACCACUGAGAAUGGGUACCAUUGCAAACAGCUCUAAAAUAUCACAGCAGGGAGUCAGUGACCAUGACAUGAGAGAACUGUGCUCUGCCCUCUCUGAAGAUCCUGAGGGACUAAUUCUGUUUCUGAAAAACAUCUGCAAAAUACAAGUCCAUGAAAUCAGUGAACAUUCGGGAAAACUCCAGACCAUCUUUGUAGUGGAAAAAAGUCUACCUGUGACCAGCAGAGAACAAAAAGAUGCUUUUGUAAAACUUCAACAAAAUGCAAUACAGUCUGACAAAACAGUAACACCACACAAAGCCAUUUAUGGAGCUGUGAUUUCAACCUCAGAUAAAAGACAAAGUAAAUGGAUCAUUGCAGAACAGUUUGGCAGUGACAGAAGGGAAAUAAUAUCAGACAAACAUCCUCAAGCAGCAGUAGCAGCACGUGUGAGUUCAAAAGACCAAAUGGAUGUUAAUGGUGCAGCCUUUUGUUCACUUCCUUUGCCAGGAAAAACUGGGCUACCAGUGCAUAUCAAUGCAAACUUUGAGAUAGAUUCUUCCAGGAGGAGCCUUUGGAAAGAAGAUGGACAAAGUCUGAAAACUGAGUGGAAUGAAUCAUUGAAACAGAGUGUCAUUGCUCCACUGUAUGCAGAUCUCCUUCAUUACAUCAGCCGUAACAUUCCUGACAAGAAAGAUUCUCUUUCAUGUAUCAACUUAUUCCUCAGUAAAUCAUACUUGUGUUUUUGGCCAAAUGUGUCAAAAGAUGUUGAUCAGGAUUGGCAUGGAAUGAUACAUGAGGUAUACAGAUCAAUCAAAGAGAGGGGCCUUAAUGUGAUUCCAGUGAUAAGGAGCUCAAUGCGUAUGAUUGCUGGCAGAGAAUUUAAAGAAUACUCUUUUGACUGGUGUGACAUCAGAGAAACUGAAACAACAAAGGCACCUUACCUGACACAUUCAGAAAAUGAUGAGAUGUAUCCCAUUUUGGAAGAUCUUGGAAUGAAAUUGGUUCCUUUUUCCUUUAAAAUGCAAAAAGUUUGGGGAAGUUUCAUAUCUGCUGGUGUUGAACUGAAAGAUGUGAGUCCUUCAACUGUGCGGACUUUCCUGAGAGAAAAACCUCUCAAUGACCCAGCCCAAACAAAUGAGGCAUUACCCCUGCCCAUAACUGCCACUCUGAUCAGGGAUGAAAAAAGAUGUUCAAAGCUCUUGAGUUUCUGCUUAGGAGAUUUCUCCUUGAAAAACGUCACCAAGGACAAUUCCAGUGUACUCAAUGGGCUUCCACUUCUUCUCACAAGAGAUAAAGUUUUGAGUGUGUUUAACUCCAAAUCUCCCAAGCUGGUGUCAGACUAUGCCAGUCUGUUCUUUGGCUAUGAGGAUCAAUUUGCAGAUUUUCAGAUUAAAAAGGAAGAUAUGGAUAUUCUACAUACUUCUAAGCUCAUCAAAAAACUGACAGUUCGCUGUGCAGAGAAAUAUCUGAGGCCAUUAAUUCAGCAUCUUCUUCAGAGCUGUGAAGUCGAUCCACACAGUGGUCUCCAUGUCCCAAAUGAGACAAUGCUGAAGUGGUUGAAAUCACUUUGGAAGUUCUUAACAAGUCAAAUUAAAACUGCAAUAUCUCCUCAUGAUAAAGAAAGUCUGAUGCUGAAUGAUGUGAGGCAGCUCUUCAGUGACUGCUGCAUUUUACCAGUUGUGUGUCCAAGGUUAAACAACAUGCACUUCCUGCAAACAAUGAAAGACAUGUCAAGUGUGAUUCAGUUCACCUCAGACAGAGACAUAUCAGGCAUCCUCUUCAAACUUGGUUUUAUGAAGCUCAACAAUGUAUUCUUCUCUGAGAUACAUGUAGAUCGACAGGAACAUUUACUUCUACACCCUGAACUUAUGGAUGUGAAUGAUAAAAGCUCUGUGUUGGACCAGGUUUGUAACAUUAACCACUCAGAGUUUUCUCAGCUUUCCAAAAAUGAGGCGAAAGAACUUCAGAGCUUCCUGCAGUCUGGCGUAUCCAAGGCCAAAGACAGUCAAGAAUAUCAGAGAAAACUCAAGUCCUUGCCAUUAUUUGAAACAACAAGUGGUGAGAGAGUGAGGAUUGAUGGACCAAAAGAGGUAUUUAUCCUCAACAGCACAUAUUCAGGGAUAUUUCCAGAUUUGUUCAUCCUGCCCGACAGCAACAGUAUUUUUCUCAAAAACACUCUUGUGAACUACAGUCUGUCAGAAACUCUUAACAUUCAGAUCCUGACUGAUCUGUGGUAUUUCAUGAAGUUCAUUCUGCCUGUUGUACACAGACUCACAGAAAGGCAGAUGCUUGACUGCUUUAAGCUCUUACUGUCACUGCAACAUCAUUCCAAUUAUUCAGAGUGUAAGGACAAAAUCAUCUCAUCAGUGAAGACAGUGAAACUGAUUCGCAGUUCUCAAGGCAGAUUGGAGAUGGCAUCAUACUAUUUUGAUGACAGUGUUGAGCUAUACAAGAAAAUGUUGCCUCCAGAGAGAUUUGUGCCUGAGAAAUUUUGGACUGAGAUUUGUGAAGGAGAUCUAAAAACCACAAGACUAUCAAAAGAACUGCUCAGAGAGCUUGGAAUGAAGCAUGUUGUUUCAAAAGGAGAGAUAAUAAACUUUGCAUACCAGUUAGAGUCAGAAGCAAUAGGAAACACUCAACUUCAAGAGCUGAAACAGAAAUCAUUGUUUCUUUUCAAAACCGCCUUAAAUAAAGUGAGUAAUAACAAAGAGAGAAAGUUGCUGGAGAGUAUAGCUGAUAUCAAGUUCAUUUUUCCUGUGACAAUUCGAGAAGAACUGUGCAACUAUCAUCAACCAUUUGCCACUGAGAGAACUGCUGUUAAAAUCAGAGGCUCGUUGAUGGAAAUAAAUCCUAAGGAUCAAGAAUUAAUUUGGUCUUCAAUGCCAAUAAUACAUUUACCAGUUUAUCAGUCUCCGGAGCUUAUGAAAAUGAUGAAAGAUGCAGGUGCUCAUGAACAGCCGCCUCCACAAUAUGUAAUUAACAAUAUGAGCAACAUCUGUCAGUCCCCCUGUGGAAAUGACAAGUUGAUUGCAACCCGUGCCAAUGUGUUUCGAAGUUCCUACGCCUACCUGCAAGCAGAAGGGUUUGAAGGACAGCCAUUGGCGGGUCUUCCUGUUGUGUUGGUUGAAAAAGACAAAGAGCUUGUGAGGACUGAUGACACAUGUCUUUCACUCCCCCAUGACCGAGAGUUCAGACCAUAUUUGUACCAGAUUCCUCCACGGGAUGUUAUUUUCGCAGAGUUCUUCAAGAAAAUUGGUGUUAAGGAGAAACCUACUGCAGUGCAGUAUUGUAAUGUUCUGGCAGCAGUUUAUGCUGAUUCUCAUGAUAAACCACAACUAAACCCAAACCAACAGAAAACAGUGGAACGUGCUGUUGAGCAGUUGUUUAAGUUAAUCAGAGCUGAAGGAAACCAGUUGCUUGUUGAUGUCAAGACUUUAUAUCUUCCUGCAGUAGAUGGCAAAUUAUACCCAUCAUGCACACUGUACUACAAUGACACAGUGUUUGAGAUCAGACGGUUAGAGGAAGCACUGAAGAAUAAUAAAUACCUGUUACUUGAGAAACUCAGUAGAUGUCAUCUUGGCAAUGACAUCUAUGAGCAUAAUCGGUUGCUGAAAUUGCUGCCUCUGAAAUUUCAGCCCAAAAUGCUAUCCCAGUUGACGGAGGAGAGAGUAGUGGAAUUACACUUGCAGCUUUGUGAGCUUGGGACUGAUUGUGAAUUUAGUGGAUGGUUUGAUCAACACUUGUCCUCAGCAGCAUUCAGAUAUGGACUAAUUUGUCUUAUAAGAGAGGAAUCUCAAGGGAAAAUCACGCAGGAAGAUGCCACUGACAUGUGUGAGAAGAUUUUUGGUAGUAUUCAGAUUGUCUGCUGCAAAAGCCUGGAAACAACACUGUGGUUGAACAAACAGCCACUACACAAAACUGCUACUGAAACUGAUGUUUUUGUCAAACGAGGGCAACAAGGCUGCAUAUUUUACCUAAAACACAGUGAUGAUAUCACAGGUCCUAAGGUAAUAAAUGAAGUCACUAUGACACUGACUAAGGAGAUUAAUGCUCUUUUGAAUAACAGAAUUACAUCAACUCACCUCCCAGUCCUCGGACAACUUCUUAUGUGUGACUGUCUUCCAGAUGUUCAAAAAACUCUGGCUAAGAAUGGAAUACAUGACAGUGCUGAAACAGAAAGCUCCUGUCACAAACCAGCAGCCCCUGGGACAGACAUACCAGAGGAAUGGCAUGAUUCCUUAGACAUGAACAUGCUCAAUAACUUUGAAGAGGGGGAAUAUGUUGGUUACAGCACUAACAAGAAGUAUAUUUUUGCAGUUAUUGUUGAAGAGUUGCCUGGGAACUCUGGACAAUACUCAUGGAGAUACAAAGUAGAUAUUGGAGAGGAUGAGCCAAUUGAAGUGAGUUGUCUUGACCUUUUUCAGUUUAAAAGGGAAAGGAAGCCAAAACCUGAAGAGACAAGUUGCUCAUCUGCUAAAGCUCCUUGCAUGGAGCUGGUGCCACUAGGUGAACCGCAUUCUUCCCAAUCAUCAACAGCAAGUUCCUCAUCUGCAAGAUCCUCACCAGCCUCUGUUGACGAAGCUAAAAGGGAAAUUGACAAAUGUUUGGCAGAGAUCUGGAUUCUUCCUGAGGAAGAGAGGAAUAAGGCAAUCAAGCGACUCUACCUUAGAUGGCAUCCUGACAAAAAUCCUGACUGCGAGUUUCUUGCCACUGAGGCGUUCAAAUACUUGCAGAAUCGAAUUGAUGAGCUCAGCAAAGGCAGAGGCACUGGCAAAACUGCAGGUUCAUCCUGUCCAAGGAGAAAUUCAAAUUUCAGAGAUUUCUACCAGCAAUGGGAUCAGGAGGCCAGGCAUCACAGAAAAAGUCGAGAGAGAUUUAGAGGCUUCCAUUCCUACAACUUUUGGACCCAUAAUAGAAACGUGCCUAGGCCAGACAGAGAGGAGGCCCAGCGCUGGUGUAGACAGGCUCGCUGUGAUCUCAAUGCAGCUUACAAAGACAGAGGUGGGGGGAGCACAGAAUGGUGUCUGUUCAAAGUCCACCAAGCAGUGGAAAAGUCUCUCAUUGCUGCAGAGUAUAGAAGAUGUGGUAAACGUCCCAGCAGCAGCUCCAUUUCAGCCCUUGCUGCACAAGUUUCCCUCUAUAAUGUCCAACUGAGAAUUCUGCCACAAAUUAUACAAAAUCUGAAGAUGCUGGGAGUGGAUGCCAAAAAGACUCAGUAUCCUAACUUCCAUCCAUAUCCCCACAUUCCAAAUGGACAGUUCAAAUCAGAGAACGAGAUGCAAGCACUGACCAAAGCAUCUGAGCUUCUUAGUGCAGUAGAGGCAUAUGUGAAUUAGGGAUUCAAGACAGACAUGUCAUGCUGGCAGAGUCAAUUUAAGAUUUUUUUUUUCAUUUUAUUUCAUUUAAUUUAAAGAUAUUUUCUACACCAUAUGGUGAUAUUGAAAUACUAUGAUAAACAACUGUAUAAUUUGUUUAACGGGACAAAUGUAAGCAUGUUAUGACAUGAUAUGUUAUGAAAAUGUAAAUAUCAAUGCAUUUUAUGCAUUGUUUUAGACAUUUAUGACUACUCACUGAGGAGUAAUGUAGACAGUGUAUGACUUUUAUUAAAUUCAAACGUCAAUGAUAUUUUAGCAACGCUGUGAAAAUGUAUGACUAUUCAUUGAAAACCAGUGUAAUCACUGUACAACUUUAUGUUCUUUUAGCAUUUAUAACUACUCACUUUUAUCAUUAUAUGACUCUUAUGAAAGUGCAAAUUUUUACAUUUUUUUUUUCAAUAUUGUUAACUUUAAUGACCACUCACUGAGGAGUAAUGUAAUCAGUGUAUGACUUCAUUAUUACAUUCAAAUGUCAAAGAAAUUUUGGACAUUUCUGAUUCUACAUUGAAGAUCAGUGUAAUCACUGUUUGUUCUUUUACCAUUUAUAACUACUCACUGUUGUUGUAUUAUUUUUAUAAAAGUGCAAGUAUCUAUCUUUUUUUUUUUACUCAAUAUUGUAAACAUUUCUGACAAUACAUUGAAGGUAAUAUAAUCACUGUACAACUUUGUUAUGUUCUUUCAGCAUUUAUAACUACUCAUUUUUAUCAUAUGAUUGUUAUGAAAGUGCAGAUAUCAAUGUUUUUUUUAAAUAUUGUAAACAUUUAUGACUAUUCUUUGAGAACCAGUGUUAUUACCUUUUACCUUUUGAAAUUAAAAAAUUUAAAAUAAUGAAGUUCAAUAAAAGACAGAACAACAA